CUGUGGCUUGUUUUGGAACCGGUGGUAGAGUUAACAUUGUUAUUUAUAUUUUGACAUUCAACAAGUGUGUUAUACUGACAUCUAAGUUGAAAUAAAUGAUUUUGAAUUUGAAUUUGAAUUUGAUGAUACUUAAAUUGUACUAGGGAAUAAUCUCCUUUCGAAUGGUAAAACCUUUGACGUCUUUUAAAUCGUUUCCUGCUCGUAUUCCAAACUCCCCGUAUAAAUAAAAGCGUCCAAGCAAAACAAGUUCUUCGAAGACACAUUAAUGUUUACGUUGUGAAUAUAUGAGCUAUUACGGCUUGAUAACUUCGCCUUAUCAACGGUCAGGGUCUAUAAAAUAAAUCGUUUACAUUUUAUUCAACAAUUGUCUGUUAGGUCGUGUCCGGUAGUCGUCACGUCGAAAUGAAGAGUGCUUUUAUUUGUUUCUGCUUUUUGGCGAUUGCCAGUGCCCCGCCUCCGAGUGUUUCGAAGCAAUACCGCUCCGACUACGUAUAUAAUAAAGACACCAACGCGUUUUACAAACUACACACCGACAGCGCUAAGAUAUGGGACGCCAAGAGCUCUUGCACCACUGAGGGAGCCCAGUUGAUGGUGCCGGCUUCAGAACAGGAUAUAAUUCAGCUUCAUUCGAUGUUCAAGAGAUUUCCAGAUCUGGGGAACUAUGUUUGGGUGGAUGAAGACGGAAAAGACCAUGAAUCUGCAGAGGAACAGCCGAUGAUUGAUUUGUCAGACUCGGUAACGGAAGCGAUGAGGUCUAGGUUCGCAUUACAAGGGUGCGAUGUGGUUACUCGGCAGGGAGAAAUCGAAACCUCACCCUGCUACAACCGAUUACCUUUCAUUUGCAAAGUGGAAGCCAUUGAUGCGCCUUACGAUACGCACUGUGGGGUUUUUGCUAUAGGGUACCAAUACGUGGAGAGCACUGGAAGCUGCUAUAAGAUCUCCAAAGUAGCCUAUUCCUGGAACCAAGCUUAUGACGAAUGUCAAGCCGAGAAUGCCCACCUGGUGGUCCUUAAUUCGGAAGCGGAGAUGUUGGUCGUGAAGAAUUUGACGAACGCAGCGGCCCCAGUUGACGAAGCCCAGACCACAUAUUUCUUUUAUGCCGGUUUCAGAGCACAGGAACCCACUAAAAACGAAACUCCCGUGUUCAAGACGAUUUUCAGUAAGUAAAUGAAAAGUAUUGCUAUAAUAUUGGAGAUAAACCAAAAAAAAAAAAUAUUAUAAUGAUAUUAUUUUUUAUAGAUCAAACAUUACAAGAAGCCGGUUUCAGUGGCUGGUCCGAAAACGAACCUAACAACGCGAACAACAUCGAAUUUUGCGGCACGCUCUUCAAAAACGACGGCAAACUGAAUGACGUCGACUGCUCCGAUAAAUACGCCUUCAUAUGCGAAAAGGAGGUGCAUAUGUAAACCGUUCUGUGUUAGAAAUAUACUUGUAGCAGUUAUUACGAAACUUAAGUCUGAAUUUUUAUUGUCAUAAAUUAAAAUAAUAUUUAAAA